AUGAAUAAUUCAUGGGGGGCAUGCAACUACUCUGGCAGUGCAUAUAACAGCCCUGGGAGAUCGUCCAUGUUAAGUACAAGUUCUCAUAAUUACAGUAAUAAUUAUAAUAACUCGAAUGGACAAAAUGAAACGAUAAAAUUAAUAUUAGAAAGUUGCAUACAGGAAUGGUUCCCUUUUUUAAGAGAUGAAGAUGAUGACGAAGAUAAGAAGAUGAAGAAAGAAAAUAAUUCACGUAAAACUAAGGAAAAUAGUUUAAAUAAUGAAAUAAUAAAGCUGAAAAAAUACUAUAAGGGAGUAAAAUCAUCGAAAUUUCCUUUAAAAAAAUUAUACAAAACAGAUAGAAAUCUGUCCAAUCUUAAUGAUGAAAAUGAUGGUGAAAAUAUUUUUUACAAUAGCAGUAAUAUAUAUAUGAAUAUUUUAAAUGAAAGUGAUGUUAUGAGAAGUGGAGAUGAAGCCAUUUUAAACAAAAUGAAAAAUACUAAAAUAGAAAUGGGGGAGCAGAUAGAUUUACAAGAAGUAUAUGAACAGAAUUUUUGUAAAAGGGAGAACGUUGAUCAGGAGAGCGAUGUGAAUGAAAGGGGUGCAAGUGCAAAAGGUGCAAGCGAAAUCGAUGCAAACGAAAACACGUCCUUUUACGAUUGCCUAGUGGAAGAGGAUGACGCAAUUGGGUGUAAAGAUAACACAAAUUCCUAUAUAAAAAUGAAUUACAAAGAAAAGGCUGAAAAAGGAGGGAUAAAAAAAAUGGCAUUUGGAAAGACUACCAAUGAAAUGGAGGAAGAGAAAAAAAACUUGGACUUCGAAAAAUGUAAAAAGGAAAUGAACGAAGUAAGAGACAAUAUCGAAAGAGAAGAAAUAGAACUGAAUGAGAAAAAGAAUUAUGAGUUGAAACAACAAAUGAUGAUGUUUCAAAGAAAGGAAGAUGGCACAAAUGAGAAACGCGGACUCGAUAUAGGAGAUAUAGAUCUUUGCCAGGAUGAUGGAGAUUAUAACUAUAUGAGCUCACUGAAUAGUUCGAAAAUCAGAAAAUAUAAAGAAAGAGAAAUCAAUACUGGUAAUGUGUACACAAGUCCAAUUGGCUCUGAAAAAUGCACACAGAAUAAAUAUACUCUUAGAGGAAAAAGUGAGUCUACAUAUGGAUUAAAGGAGGAUAUGAACCAGUUCAAAUUUAAGGAAAAUUCGAGAAACGUAAAAAUUUCGAGCAGCUUUAAUUGUACAAAUAGUGUGAACAUUCUGAAUAGUUUGAACAACUUGAAUGUUUCAAGCUAUGCGGACAAACCUAAGUGUGACAGUCAAAUGAACAAGGAAAAGAAUCAGCAUAACGAUUGCAACAUUAGGAGCAUACAGUCCAUUAUUCAAGAUAUAAAAAACGAAGAAGCAAAAGAAAAAAAUAUUACUAUGGAUUCGUAUGGAAAUAUUUAUUUAAAUAUUUGUAUGAAAAUUUUAAAAAAAGAUAUUGAUUAUUUCAUAGAACCAAGACAACUAAAAAAUGAAGAACUGUUAAUGGAAAAAAAAAAAAUAAAAGAAAUUUUAAAACUUUAUGAUAAGUUAUUUUAUAAUCAUUUUAAGUUUAUUCCAAAUAAAUUUUACAAAGAAACAUUAAGACCUAUAUAUUCUUAUUAUCAAAACUUGAAAUGCUCAAUUGUAGGGGAUGUUGUUGUUUCGAAUAACUCUUUUGAUGUAAGGCCGAGAAAAGCUUGUUCGUUAAACAAGGAUUACAAAACGCAGAGAAGUGCUAGCUGUAUAUCGCAGAUUGACAUGAACUUGAGUGAGAGAAAAUUGUGCGGUUCAACGGAGUACACAAAUUUGGGGAGUUUCUCAAAUUUAAUAAAUGAUAUGAGCAUUAAAAAAAUACUACUAGACGUAGAUGAAAACAAAGAUAUCAGUCACUUAGAAAAAAAGUACAAAUUUAUAUAUACUGAUUUGGUAAAGCUAAAAAGUUUGUUAGUGAAAAAACGUUACUACAAAAACAUCUUAUUUGACUAUCAAAAAAAUUUCGUUCAGAUGAAUAACAGAUUCGUUAAAACGUAUAGGGACAUAUACCCCGUUGAGAAGGAAUAUAAAAUAUAUACGGAAAUAAAGAAAGACACUGUAGAAAUGAUUAACGGCAUUAAUGCAAAUUAUAAAAAGUAUUAUUUGAAUAAUUGA